AGACCCCCAUGAGGCGUCAUCCGCGACGCUAGCCCCCAAUCUCACGGCGGCGCCGAGUCGCAUCGCGAAAGAUGUAGCCUAGGAAGGGCAUUGUCAUAACGGCUAGAGAUGAUGAAGAUCCAGUAUAAGUAAUGAAUGCGGGAACGACCAGAAGUUGUGACCCUAGACACAAGACUACAAGAUCAUCAAUAAAGACAUUCAUCACAUUUCGAAACCUUUUCAUAUCAAUAGCUUCACCUUGCACACGCAUUUUUAUCACUCCAAACUUCCAUCUCAGGCACUCAUAUCCAGGAUGUCUGCAACCACCAUCCGCAAGGCCGUCAUCACGGAGUUCGGCGACGUCUCAAAGGUUCAAAUCAUCCAAGACACGAUCGAGUCGCCCCCGGCAAACCACGUCCAAGUCUCAACCAUCUACUCCGGCUUCUCAGGCGCCGACAUCAACAUGCGCAAAGGCGUGUACCCUAUGCAGAAGAAGGCCCCACUGACCCCGGGCUACUGCCUUGUCGGCACCGUCAAGACCAACGGCCCCGGGUGCACAUCCAAACUCUCACCGGGCGACCUCGUCGCCUGUCUCACAAUUUACGACGCCGAAGCAGAGCUGGUCAACCUGCCUGAAAAGUACCUCAUCAGAUUGCCCGCCGGCACCGACCUGCAGCAGGCCACAGCUCUGAUCCUAGACUGGAACACGGCGUACGCUAUGGUCUUUGACGUCGCCAAAGUCAGCAAAGGGCAACGCGUCUUCAUCCACGGCAUCAGCGGAGCCGUCGGCUACGCCCUCAUGAAGCUGUGCCAGCUACAGGGCGCCGAGGUCUACGGCACGGCGUCGGAGCGAAACCACGCGGCCGCCCGGGAGCAGGGGGCCCACCCGUUCGUGUACACGGACAAGAAAUGGAUCCAAGCUGUGAAGGAGCUCGGCGGGGCGGACGCCGUGUUCGAUCCCCUCGGGUUCGAGAGCUGGGAUGAGUCCUUUUCGGUUCUGUCGCCCAUGGGUAUCCUGGUUGGGUACGGCGGCAAUCUGCGUUCGCUGAACGACGAUACGGAGCAUGGCUCUGUGAUUUUGCCGACGAUGAAGCUUAUGGCGCGCGGGAUGGUGCCGUUUUGCGGCAAGAGGACCAAGUUCUACUACAUUACGCGCGACGACGCAACGUUUGAGCCCAAUUUGAGGGCCUUGAUGGAGCUGGUGGCCGAGGGCAAGAUUACCGUUCCCAUUAAGAAAGUUUGGGAGCUCGAGGACAUUCAGGAUGCUCAUCACCAGUGGGCGAGCAGCACCGGGAUGGGAUCAUCGCUCAUUCGGCUGUCGGAUGUGAAAGCUUGAUGUUGAGUGAGACUGCGUGAGCGGAUGAGUGAAUGAGAGUGGAUGAGUGAGUUGUUGGGUGGAUAAGUAUGAAAUUUUAAGGAGCAGGCGUCACGGUGUUUUCAUAAUUAUCGAUAUAUCUCCACAAGUUUUGACUUGUAAUAGUAGAUUUAAUUCACAAAUGAGUUGUCCGAAUGAUUCGA